AUGGCUUACUCAGGGGACGGCGAGGGUGGCACCGACGCCUUCUGGCUACUGACGAUCUUCGUUGCUCUCGGCAUCUAUCUUGUUUUCCAUCGCUUUCAGACUGUACACAACCGCCCUAUCCCGUUCAGAUGGCCUGCACCUUCGCAAGUGGGCUCACGAUUUGAUGCCCACAAGAUACCCAACCCCCACCUCGAAUCGCACCUGUUGCAUGACCAGUUGAGACCGUCUCUGUUUCAUGAAGACAGGAGAUACAUCACGUGCUUUGACCCCGCAACCUCGUUCCAUCUUGACACUAUCAUAGCGGACAAUGGAGUCGAGAUCUCGCAGAAGAUCGGACGGGCAAGUGAAGCGCAGAAGGAGUGGAAGAAUGUAUCUUUCCGGGACCGCCGUCGUGUCAUCCGGAGUCUCAAAAAGUGGCUGGUGGACAACCAGGAGAUGUGUGCCAGGGUAGCAUGCCGGGACACAGGGAAGACCUUGCUGGACGCUGCUCUUGGCGAAAUCUUGACUACCUGUGCGAAAAUGGACUGGCUCAUCAAUCACGGCGAACGCUAUCUCCGUCCUGAGAAGAGGCAUAGCAGCCUGCUUAUGUUUUACAAGUCGUCCUAUGUCUACUAUGAGCCUCUGGGCGUGGUAGCUGCUAUCGUAUCUUGGAACUACCCUCUUCACAAUGCAUGGUCGCCUAUCCUCGCUGCUCUCUUUGCUGGUAACGCUAUCGUCCUGAAAUGCUCCGAACAAGUUAUCUGGUCCACCAAAUGGUUUGUGGAAGUUAUCCAGGAAUGUCUACGGGCCUGUGGUCGGGACCCAGAGCUUGUGCAAUUGGUCUGCUGCUUUCCUGACGAGGCAGAAGCUUUGACCAGAUCUCCGCUCAUCAAGCAUAUCACUUUCAUUGGCUCGGAAGAAGUUGGGCGGAAGGUUGCGAUCGCUGCGACUGACAACCUGACGCCAGUCACACUCGAGCUCGGGGGUAAGGACCCCUGUAUUGUCCUGCCUGGCACCAAUGUCAAACAGUGGAUCAGUCUCUGGAUGCGAGGCAUUUAUCAGAAUUCGGGUCAAAAUUGCAUUGGCCUCGAACGUCUGAUCGUGCAUGAGUCGUUACAUGACGAAGUGCACCAAGAGCUUGUUCGCCGGGUCUCUCAGCUCCGGCAAGGCCCUGCGCUAUCCAACCCAAAUGAUGGAUUUGUGCUCCCUGUGGACGUCGGCGCAAUGAUAUCACAUGCGAGCAUAGAACGGACUCACCAGCUAGUGCAAGUAGCAAUUGAUCAAGGCUGUGAGAUAGAGGGUGGGGAGCGGUAUACGCACGUUUAUCAUGAGCAUGCAUACUACUACAGACCCACUGUUAUUGCCGACGUUGAUCCCGAGUCUCCGAUUGCGCAACAAGAGUUAUUUGCUCCUGUAGCGCUGCUCUUCAAAUUUAAUACUCUAGAAGAGGCCAUCGCAAUUGCUAAUGGAACACGUUACGGCCUCGGUGCGAGUGUGUUUGGACCGGACCAAGAGAAGUGUGUGAACUUCGCAAGGCACUUGGAGUGUGGUAUGGUGUCUAUCAACGACUUUGGAGUAUUUUAUGUGAUUAACUACGCCUGUAGCCAGGACCUGCCGUUUGGUGGAACGAAGGCCAGUGGUUAUGGUAGAUUUGGCGGCCCCGAAGGUCUGCGGGCGUUAACGAACCCUAAGGCCAUUGUCGUCGACCGUAUGGCGUGGGCUGUCCAGACGACGAUACCAAAACCCGUGGACUAUCCGAUCGCGUCUAUUAGACAAAGCUGGCAAGUGGAAUUCGUCAGUGGACUGGUCGGCUUUGUGUAUGGUGAUAGCUGGCGAGCACGGAUAAAUUCCCUUGCGCGCCUCGUGCAAGCGUCAGGUAGAUAA